AUGCCUAAGAAGGUCUUGAUCGAUAGUCAUGUCUCCGAAAAACAAAGCAAGCGCGCCUUAAACGCUCUACUCACCCAUGCCAUCAAGGAGCAGGAGAAGAAGGCUGAACAACAUCUACUGCCCGGGAAAGAACAAAAUAUCUGGCUUGUAAUUACUACGAAGCAGAUGCACCCGGGGAAGAACAUGAAACCAGCGAGGAUUCCCAUCGUACAUCCUCUUGUUGACCCUCGCGUAUCCUCUGUGUGCCUCAUCACUAAGGACCCGCAGCGAGAAUACAAGGACCUGCUUGAGUCCCAUCAAAUCCGCUUUAUCUCAAGGGUUGUCGGGAUUACGAAGCUCAAAGGCAAAUUUAAACCGUUCGAGGCGAGGAGGUUGCUUCUGAAAGAGAAUGAUCUAUUCCUGGCCGAUGAGCGUGUCGUACCGCUACUCCCGGGUCUACUGGGAAGCAAAUUUUUCCAAGCCAAAAAGCAACCUAUUCCCGUUUGUCUCACUAAGAAGGAUCUCAAGGGUGAACUCGAGCGCGCUAUUUCAUCUACUUACUUCCAUCGAAAUCAGGGGACUUCAAUCAAAGUUGGCAUUUUGUCUCAAAGUCCAUCUCAGAUUAUUGACAACCUGAAGACGGCGUUGCCUGUCGUAGUCAAAAAGAUACAAGGAGGCUGGGACAAUAUGCAGAGUCUCCACAUAAAGACCAACUCCUCUGUAAGUUUGCCGAUUUGGAGCUGUGACCUCGGCGGAGGAGAAGGUGGGCGAUGGGAUGGGCUGACGGCUGGUGCGUCGUCGGAUGAGGAGAGUGGUAAGGCUGGAAGUGAGGAAGAUACUGGCACAGAUGGCGAUGAUGCGGAAAAGCCGAAGGGAAAACACGCCGUGAUGGAAGCACUUUCGACGGCUGAGGUUACGGAACCGACGAAAGGGAAAAAGCGCGCCGCCGAGGAGAAUAUGGACAUGCCUCAGAGGAAGAAAAGGGAAAAAUCUUCCCAACACCGUGGCAAGUCUUCAGAGUCGCGCGGCUCGAAGAAGUCAAAAACCGACACAGUAGUGCAAGACCCGCCUCCCACAUCUCCACCUCCUCCUACCGUCACCCCCACUACCACCACUACUGGGACCGCUUCAUUGUCGACCAUGCCAAAGGAUGAGCUGAAGAAGAAACGCUCCGCGAUGGGUGGUGAGAGGAAAAAAGUAAAAAUGGUAAACAGCAUACUUGCAGCGAAAAGUGCAAAGGAGGCCAUCGUUGGUAAGAAGCGACAUUGA